AUGUAUUCAAGUGCUUAGCUUAUUAAGUAUAUUUCAAAUGUUCAUUGCUACAUGUAAAUUAGAUAAUCUAUCUAAUAAAAUAUAAGAAUAAAUAUUUUAUUAUAAUCAAAUUAUUGUUAAAAGGGUGAAACGCAGAAGCGAACAGCUGAAGAAGCAACACUGGAAAAAGGACCGUUUGGAUUAUUAACAAUUACUAUGAAUCAUAAUACUCAAGCUUUUUUAGAGCUAAGAAAUAAUAGAAAGCAUUUAGGAAGAGUUAAAGCUUUCGAUAGACAUAUGAAUAUGAUUCUUGAGAAUCUAACUGAAAUGUGGAUAGAAAUAUCAAAGGAAACAAAGGGAAAAAGCCCAUGCUACAAAUAAAGAAAGAUUUAAAACCAAUAUAAAAUUAUAUUUUACUAUAUUCCAAAAAUGUUUUUAAGAGGGGAUUCUGUAAUUUAUACUUUGAGAAAUCUAAAGUGA